UCAAGUAAAUUCCUGACCAUGAGUUUGCACAUUUACAGCAGUGAUUGUAUUUUACAGUGGUCAUUGUAUUUUACAGCUACUUAUGGGGAGGCCAGGGUAAAGCUUCAUCAAGCCGAGUACACAUCCGACCUGACAGACACCGAAGAUGGCUUGAUAAAGAGAAAGGCAAGGUCAAAACUCUUCCAGAGUCAGAGCAAGCAACUAGAAUCGAGUGAGCAUUCUGAUUCAGAGGACGAACUUCCACCCACUCCCCCAGAAAAACACCUUUGGCCAGCAGCAAAUAAAAUGACCAGCCAGAUUACCAUCCCCACUGCCCAGCGAGUUGCCAGUGCCACUGUCCACCAGAUCGCCAGCCCCACUGCCCAGAGGUUGGCCAGUUCCACUGUCCAGCAGAUCGCCAGCCCCACUGCCCAGAGGUUUGCCAGUUCCACUGUCCACCAGAUCGCCAGCCCCACUGCCCAGAGGUUGGCCAGUUCCACUGUCCAGCAGAUCGCCAGCCCCACUGCCCAGAGGUUUGCCAGCCCCAGUUGUGAAGCCAUGUUCUCUAAACUUCUUACAAUUGUAGAAGAAAUUAAGGAGACCCAGAAGGUUCAUGGUAAGAUGCUAAAUGCCUUGCUGAAGAAGCAAGAUACAUCAGUGAUGGAGGUUCCUGAUGGUGUGGUCUUCCCACUGAAAACUCAAGCAGACGUUGAGGCACUUGAGGAGCUACUGGGGGACCGCAGUCUAAUGUCUGCUGUUGUUGCCAUGGUGGCAGACAUAGGGGGCACAAAUGUAGAUGACGCAACGAGACGAAUGAUGAAAUACAUUCUGUCAAACGAGCUGGCAUUGGACUACAACAUGUUUGGCCGUCACGGGAAAAAGAAGUUUAAGGACUUGUGUCUUUUCAACGUUCUGUAUGGUAAGUAAAUCAGAGACGUUCUACAACUUUUGAAAAUAAUUUGUUGAAAAACAUUCCAUCUGCAAGGAUUAAGGCUGAAUCCUAUUUCUACAUCUUACCCCUGCACCUUACUCCUUACUACUAGCCCUUGGCCCUUGACACCAAGUGGUAAGGGCUAGGAGUGAAAACCUACCCCUAUGAAAUGGGACACCACUUUUUUUAAAUCAUCAUACAGUAUUGAUCACAAACUUCCAAGAUGCUGUCUGUAAGUGUGUUUAUAUGUUGAUUGUGUGGGUUUUGACAACAGUGUCGUGCAUUUAAAUAUUUUUGUUAUUUUUUUGUUCCCUUUGGUGGUGGUGGUGCAGAUGUUCUUAUCUGUGUAGUACUUAGGUAUUACUUUUUUUCAGUGAAAUAAUUUUUUCUUGCUUUAAUCCCUGUAUCUGUUUGCGGCCCACAUUUCAUUGUAUGGACUUGCAUUUAUUUUGACUAUGCACCAGUAAGGUAGGGAGCACGGUGGCAUUUUCAAAUUAAAGUAAAUUAGAGGAAGCAUUUUUCACAAGAUGAAAAUGCAAGGAACAUCCUGGACUGCACUAUUUUGAGAACUGCUCAUCUAAUUAUUUUUAAUACUAAAUAAGCUUAAAUCAACAUAUAAAUAUCAAUCUUUUUAUACAAAUAAUGCUGGUUCUAUUGGCAUUUCAAACCUAAAGCCUGCAUUUUACAAUUGAAGCCUCAACUAAAAUGUAUCAGCUAUUGCUUUUAAUGUAUUUUGGCAUUUUAAUGUGACAAAAUGUGCAUCAUUUUAUAAUUAUUUGUACACACCU